UUUAAUGCGUUGGCAAUUAUGUAAAUAUAGACAACCCUUAAAUACGACUGCGCCACUGUAAAUCAUCAUCAUCAUCAGUACCCUAGGGGCUGCAUCAUCUUCAUUUUCCUCAAAAGCAAAUAAACGAGUGAAAACCCCCGAAAGAAAAGGCAAACAAAACAAGGGGACAAGGAGAUAAGGCGGCGAGAAAGGUCUUGAGAUUACUAGCAAAGAUAGUGCCUACGUCCACUCAAUUGGCUCGGUGACAUCCGAGAGCAUCUCUAUCAGCGGCAGCGUUGGGGCUACAGAUUCAUCCCGAGCCCCAAUUGAAAUGCGAUCUCGUUGGUUGAGUCAGUCGAGCCUGGCACUUGGACGGGAUCAUAACGAAAAAACUGAAAUUGUGCGCAUAUUCGAGUAAAGUUGCUAUCAGCAUCGGUGCUAUAUAGGAAAUAUUAGUAUAUAAAAUCCAGUGAAUAAAGUAAAAUUUGAAUACAAUGGCCAAGUGGGCCAUCCUGGGCCUUAUCCUGGCGAUCCUGCUAGUGGAUCGACCCGGGGUUAUAGCUUAUCGAUCAGGAGGCAGCGGUUACCGGAGCGGCAGUGAGCAGGCGGAACAAGUGGGGUUAUCAGCAGCACACUCAGGGCACUCAGCCUAUGGAGGAGAACAGCAGCCGAUUUACCAGCGGGAAUCGGCGUGUCCACAAAAUUUUCAGGGUCUUGUGGCCUAUCCCCAUGACUGCCAUCGCUUUGUAAACUGCAACGGUGGCAGCGCCACCAUCCAGACCUGUUCACCGGGAACGCUCUUCAAUCCCAAGACUCUUCAGUGCGAUCAUCCCACCAAUGUGGAUUGUUCGUCAGCCGGAGGAGGAGCCGUGGCGCCAGCGGAAACCACUCGCUUGGGGCGUUUGAGGCAGUUGGACAGCGAUCCCAAGUGUCCCAAUGGUGUGAAUGGAUUGCAUCCGCAUCCUACGGACUGCACCAAGUUCCUUAACUGCGCCAAUGGUCAUGCCUUUAUCCAGGAUUGCGGACCAGGAACGGCUUUCAAUCCAUCGCUGCUUGUCUGCGUUCACAAAGGUACCGUCAACUGUGGCGGUGCUGGUGGAUCAGGAUCAUCGGGCCAUGCCUACUCUGCGGUGUCCUCGGAGCAGCUGGGCUGUCCGCCCGGCACACGUGGCCUCCAUCCGCAUCCCCACGACCCGCACAAGUAUCUGCGCUGCGGCAUCGGCGUCCAGCCUCAGGUGGAGCAGUGUCCGCAGGGUCAGAUCUUUGACGGCUUCAGAUUGGUAUGUGUUUACUCAGGCUCCGCUCAGACCUCCUCUUCCGCUUUGACCUCUGCCGCGCUUCAGGUGAACAAUCUCCUGUGUCCCGCGGGAGCUGUGGGUCUGUUCGUCCAUCCCUUCGAUCAGACCAAGUUCAUAAACUGCAAGGUUAACAUGGUGCAGAGCUGUCAGCCCGGCUAUGUGUUCAGCAUAUCUAGGGGUUACUGUCACCCCAAGUCGCAGUUAGUGGUCUCCGAUUAUGUGACCUUAAUUAUCUCUCUGAUCAGCCUUGAGUAUUCGUUUAUCCUAACUUCCUGUCCUGGCGACAUCGAGGGGUAUCACCUGUAUCCCUACGAUGCCGGCAGGUAUGUUCAGUGCUCCGCUGGCGGCAGGAUGUCCAUCUUGAGCUGUGAUCCCCAGAAGGCAUUCAGUUUGUCCCAAAGGGCUUGUCUGCCACGUCGUCAAGUAAACCAGGCAGAUCGGGUCAAGUUCUGGGAGGAGAUUCAGGUUCAUACUACGACUACCUACUAUCAGGACAGCCAGGGUCGAUCUCAGAGUCAGCUCUCCUCACUCAAGUCGUGUCCAUCUAAUCUCCGAAAGAACUAUGCCUAUCCUUUCCAUGCUGGCCAUUAUAUAAAGUGCCAGAAUGGAGUGCUGGAGAUUGUGUGUUGUCCCACGGGAACGCUCUUCAGUCUGUCCCAGCACGAGUGCGUGGCUCGACACCUUUUGGCGGCCCAUGACUACCUGGAUUACGCCUAUAUCAGUGUUCAGUUUUCGACUGAAUUUAUGGACGAUCUAUCGACGGUGACUUGUCCUCCCCAAACCGAGGGUUACUAUCUGCAUCCUUUCGAUUGCACCAAGUACAUCAAGUGCUUCAACCAACAGACUUACAUUGAGAGCUGUCAUCAGGGAGAAGUCUUUAGCAUUCCCCAGCAAAGGUGCUUGCCUAAAGAUGAGGUCAAGAAGCCCAACGAUCGUGUGGAAUACCUGAUCGAGACAACGGUGACGACAACUCAUCAUAUGACGGAACCCAUACCGAAGGAAAAGAGCUUGGACUACGCCGGGGAUAUUAGCUGUCCGCCAGGCGUUUCUGGCCUUCAUGCCCAUCCAUUUGAUUGUGCCAAGUUCCUGGAAUGUGCCAAUGGGCUGACCUAUGUCAAGGAUUGUGGACCUGGAACUGCCUUCAGCACAGCGAGUGGCACUUGUGACUUUGCCAAUAAGGUGGACUGCAGUGGCAGGAGCUCUUCAGCGGGUCUGAACCAACUCAGCCAGGGCCAUCCAAGUCCCGGCUACCCAACGGGCCCAGUCCAGACUUACUCCCCACCACAAACUGCCUACAAUCCCUCUCCAACCUCUGAACACCUGUCAGAUCUCUUGUGUCCACAUGGGGCAGACGGUCAGUUCGUGCAUCCCUUCGACCAAACCAAGUUCCUCCUCUGCAAGGCUGCAAAACUGGCAGUGCAGAGUUGUGAGUCUGGUCAUGUGUUCAGCAUUUCUUGGGGAACUUGUCAGCCCAAGACGCAGCUGGUCUACACCGAUUAUGUGUCCUAUGUGGUCUCUGAGAUCAGCCAUGAGCUGUCCAUGAUCCUCUCCGCUUGUCCUGGUGGCACCGAUGGGCUCCAUUUGUAUCCCUACGAUGCCGGCAAAUAUGUGCGUUGCUCCGACGGUGGCAAGAUGUCCAUCCUUAGCUGUGGACCGCAAAUGGCUUUCAGUUUAUCCCAGCGAGCUUGUCGUCCAAGUCGCCAAGUAAUAAAUGGAGACCGUGUGAAGUUCUGGGAAGAGCUAACGACAACGACAACAACUUACACCUAUCAGGAUGCCCAGGUUCACCAGUCGCCCCUCAGAGGAUGUCCGCCCACUCUUCAGGGCAACUACCCCUAUCCCUUCCAUGCCGGUCACUUUGUGAAGUGCCAGAAUGGUCUUCUCCAGGUCGUGUGUUGUCCCUCGGGCUCUCUCUACAGUCUGUCCAAGCGCGAGUGCGUGGCGAGGCACCUUUUGUCUGCCCACGAUUAUCUGGAUCAUGCCUACAUCAGUGUGCAGUUCUCGACGGAUUUCAUGCAGGACCUCACAACGCUGACGUGUCCUCCCCAAGCUCAGGGCUACUAUCUGCAUCCCUUCGACUGCACCAAGUACUUAAUAUGUCGGGACCAGCAGACCUCCAUCGGAAGCUGCGACCAGGGUGAGGUGUUCAGCAUCUCCCAGCAGAAGUGCGUGGUCAGGGAUAAGGUGACCGAUGCCUUUGAUAGGGUGGAGUACUUAAGCGAGACGCAGCACGAAUUGAGUCAGGAGGCGGAUGAGGAACAAGAGCAGGGAAGAAACGGAGGAUAUCCGUCGAAUGGAGCCAUAGCACUAACUGGACGUUACCAGCGACCUGACCAAGCUACUGAAUACCAGACACCCCCUUACUCUUACCCUUCCCCAUCGAUUGGAGGUGUCCAGUCCCCUGCUAAGCCAACUGGACAAUAUCAGCCGCCACCCCACUCGUCGGCUGGAUACCAGCCUUUGUCGCCAGUCACUGGAGGAUACCAACAACCUCAAUAUUCCGGAGGAUACCAACAAAAUACUCAAACUUCUGGUGGUUACCAACAACCUUCUCAGUUCACUGGAGGCUAUCAGCCAUCUGCUCAACCUUCUGGAGGCUACCAACAGCCUUCUCAAUUCUCUGGAGGCUAUCAACAAGCUCAUCAAUCUUCUGGAGGUUACCAACAGCCUUCCCAAUCUACUGGAGGAUAUCCACCAUAUUCCCAAAAUAAUGGGGGAUACCAAUGGUCUUCCCAAGCGCAAGGUGGAUCUCAUGGCGCUUCUGUACCUAACGGAGGAUACCAAACGACUAAUAAAUUUACGGGAGGCUAUCAAUCAGCUGGCGGACCCUACUCACAAGGUGGAGCCUCCUACUAUCCAGGAGGAGUUCAGCCUUCGGCUCCGCCGGCUCCUCUGAUGUGUCCGCAGAGGGUCAACGGCUUGUUCCCCAAUCCCUUCGACGCCAUGGGCUACCUGACCUGCAUUGAGGGUCACACGCUGGUCAGGCAGUGUCUGCCCCUCGACGUGUUCAGCAUUUCGCGUGGCUACUGUCUGCCUGAGCAUCUGGUGGUCGCCACAGACCGCAUUCCGUUCGUCAAGCAACAAUCCGAGCAGGAGGAUCUUCUGGGCUGUCCCCGUGGGGCCAUUGGUUUCUAUGUGUAUCCAUUUGACUGUUCCCAGUAUCUUAGCUGCGGUCCCAAUGGCAUGACUCUGCUUAGUUGUCCGGAGGAGCAGCACUUUAGUGUGUCUCAUGGAAUUUGCAAGCCCCAGGGACAGGUGCAGCGUGAGGAUCGCCUAUACACGCUCAAUGAGCUGCACAUCAUUUACGAUUGGACUCAGAAGAUGAUGGCCGAGGGCGCUGUGCCCGCCUGUCCCGAAGGCAUCACUGGCUCACUGCCUCAUCCUCGGGUGUCCAGCAAAUAUCUCCGCUGCGAGCCUGGGCACGCCGCGAUUUACGACUGUCCCAGCCAACAAAUUUUCAGCGUCUCGCGCAGAUUGUGUGUCCUGGACGAGAAGCUGCCGAGCCACGAUCGGUCCGAUUAUCUGGUUCGGGUAGAGGGCACAUCCGGUGGCUGGAUAGCUCCCUCCAAUGACAAUCGACAGUCGAAGUCCUACGAGACUUCUGGCCGCGAUCAGUGGGGCAAUCGCUACACAACCAAGACGACAACCACAACUCGGGUGAUCAGCGAAGGCGAUCGCUGGAGGGAUAUGAAUAUGCAGCGACCAGCAGGCAUCGGGUUGGAGCAAAACCCUCAUCAUCAGCAAGGAUCCUGGUCUGGCCAGGAAAGCUCCUACGUUCAGCGUGAACCCUCCCAGAAUGUCCUCUAUGUGGAGGGAUCGCUGCAGCCGAACCGUAAAUAUCAUAGUACCUAUAAGACACCUCUGGCCCCCAUGGCGCCCAUUGCACCCAGCAAUCCUGGCCAGGUCUACUAUGCCCAACCCGUUCUGGAGGAGAAGGAACCAGAGCGAGAAAGGCCAGUUCCCUCUCGCCAAGGAUAUAGCCGCAGAAUUGAUCACGGCUCGCCGGGAAACGGCUGGCAACCCAUGCCACCACUUGCUCCUCUGGGUGGACAACGACCCAUAAAUCCCGCCUCUCCUGGUGCUAGCAGAGAACCCGCAAGCUAUAAUCCUCUUCUAUCAGGACAGAGGCCCCUUGACCUGGACUACGAUGACCAACAGAAACCCCAAGAUCCCUAUGACGAAGUUCCGCCCUCCCAGGGGUCGCCCCCUUUGCCGGGAUCACCGCCCCGCUUUUAUCCAGAUCAGUUGCCCAGUGGCACGGCACCGAGAGGCAGUCAUUUACAGCCUGGGCAAGCACCAGUUCCUUCUAACUAUGAUCCCAGGAGUCCUCCAAAUCAGCACAGACCAGAAGAUCCACAGGGAUCCAAUGCUUUGCCCUUGUCAAAUGAAUCUAAUCUAUACGGCGGUCUCUUGCCUCCUAGAGCAGAUCCUCCCACUGAUCCAAAAACUUCUCCUUUUCCCACACCGACACCUACUCCCACACCAUCAUCGCAAACUCCCUUGCCGCAGUUGGGAAGCAGACUGCACACCUUUCCCAUAUAUCCUCCCUUGGGUAAUGGAACCGCUCCUCCGCGGAAUCCCAGUCACCCCCAUUACAGCCCCUCCUAUGCUGGGAUCUCGCAUUCUCGAAAUGCUUCCUGGGCCAAAGUGCCAGCUGUGGUGACUAAGACGCCGACUUAUGAGCCCGAUCCCUUUAAUCCCGAAGAGGAGGAGUCCUUUUAUGACGACGAUGACUUUACAACCACAACACAGAAAAGUGCUCUAGUGCCACCUCCCUUUGACCACAAGUUCUAUAGUCCCAACUCUGGGAAGUCUCCAGCAGGCGCUGAUCCCAACUCUGAAUUGGCCAUGAAGGAGGCUCUUAAGCUCAUGCUGCGUCCCUAUUUCAAUCACAGUGGCAAUGCCCAAGAGAAGCUGGCCAAGCAGGCUGAAUCCGCCAUUGUUUCGGUGAUUAGCAAACCACCAACUACCACCCCCAGCACCACCACUUCCACAACUCGGAGCACCAAUAUCCGGAGUACCACUACCCGGAGUACCACUCCAAUUCCUCCCUCCAAACCCGACCUAGACUACGACGCCGAACUGAUCAAAGCCGGGGAACAGGAGAGCCUGGACUCCGUUGACGACGACUAUGUUUUUCCAGAUGCCAGGGAGACGGCCCGAACCGAGCAGACCCUAGAUCCCAGCUCCACGUACUCCUCGACAAACUUCCACCGGAGCACCCGCCGGGCCAUGAUUGACACGACCCCAACAACUACAACGACGGCAACAAACAAUUGGCAUGCGCCUGGUCACAGUCGUGACUACCACCGGCGCCAUCCAAAUCUACCAGAUCCGUUCUCGAAGCACUAUCCCAACCACAAUCCCUAUCCCUCGCCCCACCACCACCAAAAACAUCAUCCCCAUCAUGAGCACAGUGCCGACUUCCAUCGUCGCCACCCAGAGCUGCCCAAUCCCUUCCCCAAGGCCGUUGAGCCAGACCACCAGCCGGAGGAGGAGCAGGAGGAGGAUUGGGAACCCAAUCCCAAUGCCGAGGAAGUGACUCCCAAAGUUGGUGUCCGCUCGAGUUUCACCGAAGAUUGCGAGUUUGAUUGUGGAAAUGGCAAGUGCCUGAAGAAGGAGCAGGUAUGCAAUGGCCAGAAGAACUGUGACAAUGGCAAGGACGAGCUCAACUGCCCACCCAGGGACUACGAAGUGCGCUUAACGGGCGGCGAAAAACCACACAUGGGGCGCAUUGAAGUCAAAGCAAAUGGCCAGUGGGGCUAUGUUUGCGAUGACAAGUUCGGCCUUAAGGACGCCGAUGUUGUGUGCCGGGAACUGGGCUUCCCAAUGGGUGCCCAGGAGGUGCGCGGAAGCUCUUUCUAUGCUCCGCCAAAUCAGGAUUUUAACUAUGUGAUGGAUGAGGUCGAGUGUCGCGGCAACGAAACGAAGCUGAGCGAGUGCCCCUUUAAGGGUUGGGGCGUUCACAACUGCGGCGUCGACGAGGUGGCGGGCGUCAUCUGCAAGGUGCCGGUGAUGAAGUGCCCCAACAACUACUGGCUAUGCCACACCUCCAAGGAGUGCAUACCGCCGGCCUUUGUUUGCGACAACACCGAGGAUUGUGCGGAUAAGUCAGACGAAUGUGCUGCCGUCUGUCAGGCUCCCGUUCAGUAUCGUCUGGAGGGCGGACGCAGCCCCACCGAGGGCCGUCUGGAGGUCAAGUACCAUGGCGUCUGGGGCAGUGUCUGCGAUGAUGACUUUAACCAGAAGUCCGCCCAAGUGGCCUGCAACUCCAUGGGUUUCUAUGGACCAGCGACCAUCGAAAAGAACAUCUUUGGCAAUGGCAAUGGUCCCAUUUGGCUGGACCAGGUCAUGUGCUUCGGCAAUGAGACGGGUAUAGACAAGUGCAGCCACUGGAAUUGGGGCGAAAACAACUGCAAUCACACCGAGGAUGUGGCCUUGCACUGCACCGCUGGACCCCCACCACGUAGCCAGAAGUUAUCGCAGAAUCCCAUAAAAGGCGGUCGGCAGGAGAGUGCAGCGAAAUCCUACAAUCAAAUCGGACUGUGGGAGCGUUCCAGCAAGGCUCUGCGCACACCCCGACGCUGUGGAAUCUUCAAGGAUGACCUGACCGAUGAGUAUGCCCAUCACGAGGAGCGCGUGGUCCGGGGAAAUGUGGCGCAGCGUGGUCGUCACCCAUGGCAGGCCACCAUUAGAACUCGGGGACGCGGUCACAUCUCUAGCCAUUGGUGUGGAGCCGUGGUGAUCUCCAAGCGUCACCUCCUCACUGCUGCCCACUGUGUGUAUGGAACGCAAAAGGGAGCUUACUUUGUUCGCGUGGGCGACCACUAUGCCAACAUAGCCGAGUCCUCCGAAGUGGACACAUUCAUUGAGACCUGGUACAUACACGAGGAGUUCCGCAAGGGAACGCACAUGAACAAUGAUAUUGCCUUGGUUGUCCUAAAGACUCCUCUGAAGUUCAGUGACUAUGUCCAGCCGAUUUGCCUGCCGGAGAAGAAUGGCGAGCUGGUGGAAAACCGUAACUGCACGAUUUCCGGUUGGGGUUCCAUUAAGGCUGGAGUGUCUACUCCCGCCCAAGUCUUGGGCUCCGCUGAGCUGCCCAUUCUUCCGGAUCACGUCUGCAAGCAAUCAAAUGUGUAUGGUUCAGCCAUGUCAGAAGGCAUGUUCUGUGCCGGCUUCAUGGACGAGAGUGUGGACGCCUGCGAAGGUGACUCAGGCGGUCCCCUGGUCUGCCCCGAUGACGAUGGCGAGACCUUGUAUGGCCUUAUAUCGUGGGGCCAGCACUGCGGCUAUAAGAACCGGCCAGGUGUCUAUGUGCGGGUCAAUCAUUAUAUCGAUUGGAUCUAUGAGAAAAUCAAUGAAAGCAUGCAGCGUUUCUAAAGGAGUUUCAUUUCCUGAUUUCCUUCUUUUUACAUGACGAAUAUUUUAUAAGAAUUUUGUAAGUGAAUUUGCAAAAUAAAUCAGAAGUUUAUAAAAA